AAACGUUUCUAUUUGAUGUAUCGAACUAUUCAGAAGAGAAACUGUUAUUUCUCAAAGAUAAAGGCUGAACAAUAUCGUCCUUCUCCAGAGUAACUCGCCCAUUCAACUUAUAAAUGACCAAUAAAUCUGUUCUGGGGUUUGGAUAAUGCGUAACCUGUUAACAAAAUGUCCCAUGUUUACUUAUCAAACCAAGAAAGUCUUUAUCUUUCUGUAAUUACCUCUCCAAUCAAAGGCACAUAAAACAGAACGUCGGUAGUUCCACAGAGUGAAGGCAUAUUUAUUGUCUUCCGGUUAAGUAUGGAGACUUCGAUUGACGAGGAUCGUUUGCUGACGUCUACUCCGAUUGAAAGUUUGGACUUUCCACAUCUCCUGGAUCCGGGUGAAAAUCUCUCGGACAGCAAAUCUGAUGACAGAGACACUCCAGACUUUAUCGUCCGAUUGGGAACCUCCCUGGUUCGAUCAGAGGCAGAAUCGCAGUACAAACUUCUUUUGAAAGAAUUUACUCUACGACCCUUGGAAUCUCAAAGGAAUAUCAAACAACAAUGUGUUGUCAAUUCUGGCGCAACGAGUAUCCGGAGUUCCGGUCGAGUUUCGCCAAUUCGACGUCGAAGCUCGGUUAUGUCUGUCUGUAACGACACUCGUCGGAGUUCUGUGACGUCAAUCACAACGGAACAGCAUCUUUCUAUUCUGAGACGAGGUCUUGGUCGUCUGCAAAGAAGAAGGAUGUCCACGAGAAGCGUCCUGUGUCCUCCCACACCCUCACCGAAAGAGGAUUUGUCCCCACGGGAACCGCGUAUAGUCAAGUUCAGAAGAAUCGCCAAAAGUGUCCUGAUUGUAUCUGGGAUAUGGAUAUGGCUAAAGAGAUACACGCUGAAACCGAACACAAAGGACUGGUCCUUCAUGGAAAUGUACAUCCACGUGCGGGAUGACAUGAAUCAAGUCCUCGCCUUUAAUCCCAACACGUACGGAAAGUUUGAACCACUGAGAGACAAGUUGAAAGAUCUGCUGUUCAUACCUAAAGAAAGGAGAACUCUCCAAAACAUACAAGUGAUAAUGGCCCUGAUGAGAGACAACACCUCCUUCCAGGAUUACCCCGUCCACACACAGAUACAACUGGCCCGCUGUAUGCAGUAUCAGAGCUAUGAGACACGGCGUGUGAUUUUGAAGCAGGGUCACCCUCCAUCCAUGUUCUACAUCAUGUUGACCGGGACAGCCAUUGUAAACAUUCUAGACGAAGAUCCAAGAACCGGAAAUAAGUUCAUUCGGACAGUUCACGAACUCAACGGCGGAGAAACGUUCGGAGAAAUUGCACUAAUACACGGAGGUGUCCGAACAGCGUCCAUUAUUUGUAAAACAACGUGUGAGUUUCUGGUCGUUUUGAAAGAGGAUUUCGAUGUCAUCAUCAAAGAGCCGCUGAGAACACAAAAAGAGCAACACGUGGAAUUCUGCAAAUCACUGAUGCUGUUCAAAGACUUUCCUUGCGACAAAGCCUUCCAGCACAAUCCCAGUCAGUUUUUCUACCAGUUUUUCAAACCUGAUGACGUCAUAGUCAAAGACAGUCGAGAAAGCAAAUACAUUAUCGUAGUAAAAGCGGGAAAGUGUAAAAUUGUGAGCGAUUUCCAAGGCAGGAAAUCAGAGACGCGGGCAGACAGGAUCAGAAAGAUGUUUGAUCCUGAGAUAGAAGAGGCGUUCCCGCUAUACACCACAAUGAAAAAGAUCCACGCCAUGGACUCAUGUCCACGGACCGAUAACAAAACCAGCUCUAAGGACAAUUUUCGGAUUGGAAUACUGACGGGAACUAUUGAUAGAAAGAAACUGGUCAGCAACGUCUCAGGGAAACUGUCGAUUUCAGAAAGUACAACAGAAAAACUUUCAGCUGACAACGAUAACCAGGUGGGACGAAGGCGGCAUUCUGCUGAUCCACAUAAAAAAUCCCAGAAGUCUGAUCGAAGAAGCAAGUCCUCCAAACCACGACUCAUGGAGGAAAUUCUGGAUUACGAAGAGGAGUGGGUGGAACGUAAGCGGUGUCCUGAUCCUUUAAUCACGGCGUACGCUCAGAUAUCGGAAUUAAAGAAAGGACAAGUCUUUGGUCUGGAGUCCCUAAUCUCUGCUCCGUCCACACGACUGAGUCUGGUCAGCGAAGGGGCCGAGUGUAUCCUCAUCUCCAAGCGGCUCUUCCUUAAGGAGGCGGACGUCAAAGUCCUCAGAAUAGUCACCGACCUGGUACAAAAUUAUCCUUCCCAUGACUACAUUAAGAACCAAGUAUAUGUUUACCGGAAGUGGGUGAAAUAUAAGGCCGAUCUAGAGCAGGAAGUGCUGUCCGACAUCCAAAGGAAGAAUAAAGCUUGGAUAGGGGGCGUUCCAGCCAAAGCGUGAAUAUUGCGGUGUGAUGGUUGACAUAUUGCACAACUCUUAUCAUAUAUAUAUGAACAGCUUCAACUUGUUUAUUAUUUACAGAGUAUUUUUAAUGUCAACAACCAAACAGUAUUAUUAAAGUGUCCAAACAUUCAA